AUGCUCCGUCGUUUGGCCACUCAUGGACUCCAAGCUACGUGCCUGACUUCGGAGAAGUUGGCGUACCGCUACUGCCUCAGCAUUUGUGUCCCCACUAUUGCCGAGUCCAUCAGCAGUGGGAAGGUUGUGGGAUGGACUAAGAAGGUUGGUGACGCUGUUGCCGAAGAUGAGAUUAUUUGUCAAAUUGAGUCGGACAAACUCAAUGUGGAUGUACGCGCCCCUGCCGCGGGUGUGAUCACGAAGAUAAACUUCGAAGAGGGCACUGUUGUCGAUGUUGGCGCCGAGCUUUCAACCAUGAAGGAAGGUGAGGCCCCCGCCGCCAAGGCCGAAACAGCCGACAAACCGAAGCAGAAUGCACCGGCGGCGGCAGCACCUCCCAAAGCUUCCCCAACUGAAGCCGCGCCAAAGCCAGCGCCCGCGGCUGCUCCCGUCACCUCACGUGGGGCGGACCCGCGCGUACGUAGCGUUCGCAUCUCCUCCAUGCGGCAGCGCAUUGCGGAUCGGCUGAAGGCAAGCCAGAACACGUGUGCCAUGCUCACGACAUUCAACGAGAUUGAUAUGACCCCUCUUAUCGAGUUGCGCAAUCGUUACAAGGAUGAUUUCUUCAAGAAGAACGGGGUGAAACUUGGAUUCAUGUCGCCAUUCGUGAAGGCCUGUGCUAUUGCACUUCAGGACGUUCCUAUUGUCAACGCAUCCUUCGGCACUGACUGCAUCGAAUACCACGACUACGUGGACAUCAGUGUUGCCGUAUCCACACCGAAAGGUCUUGUUGUGCCGGUCCUUCGUGACGUGCAGAACUCCAACUUUGCCCAAAUUGAAAAGCAAAUCGCAGACUUUGGUGAGCGCGCCCGCUCGAACAAGCUGACCAUGGCGGAGAUGACCGGUGGCACAUUCACUAUUAGCAACGGCGGCGUGUUUGGCUCGUGGAUGGGGACACCUAUCGUCAACCCACCACAGAGCGCUAUUCUUGGUAUGCACGCCACGAAGAAGAAGCCGUGGGUUGUGGGCAACUCCGUCGUCCCGCGUGACAUAAUGGCGGUUGCCCUCACGUACGAUCACCGUCUCAUCGACGGCAGUGACGCCGUAACAUUUCUCGUUAAGGUGAAGAACCUCAUUGAGGAUCCCGCACGUAUUGUGCUCGACCUCGCCUAA